CGAUGAUCCGUGCGCCUGAGACAACGAACUUCGGGAAAAAUCGUAGACACAACAARCAGAAAGCAAAAACGAUCUAUUGGCACGAAAUACGUACCGGUGUGACUACGGAGRAGCUCAGAAUACAAAGCAACGCAAUCGACUAUCCAUCGACAUUUUUAUAAGUUUUCAGUGAAGAUGAAAAAUACUGUUUUUGUUGCCUUCACUCUUUUUAUUGUGUCGUCGGAUGCCUUUACGAAUCCCCGAAAUGUAAUGGGACGGCUGUUGAGGGUAGUGGCAAAAGUCGAACCGGCCGCUAUUACCACACUACGUGGGCACCGAGACGAUAAUAAUUGUUCCUCAGAACAGUCGUUGACCAAUGAAGAAAUAUCUCGCUAUUCGCGUCACUUGGUCUUGUCCGUGAGUUGAUUUGUCGUGAUACUGUGCAUAAUAUACUCAAGAGGCUUUAACUUGAGAAGACUUUCRGGUGGAUGCAAAUGAAGAACUCAUUCCGCUUGAUUCGCUCUGUCUUACUCUUUUUACAAUUAUAUCAACAAAGGAYGUUGGAAUGGCGGGUCAAAAAUCUCUAAAGAACUCAUCUGUCUUGGUAGUUGGUGCAGGGGGUCUCGGAUCGCCAUGCUUGUUGUAAGUUCGAUGAUUAUGGAAAUWUUCUUUUUAUUUUUGCUAUUUGACUAAGUGUAGUUCAAUGUUUUCAUGCAUGUACGACGGAAAGAUAUUUGGCCGCAGCCGGAGUCGGUCAUAUUGGAAUCGUCGAUGCUGAUGUGGUUGAUACGUCUAACCUUCAAAGACAAAUAAUUCAUUCCAUGUCAACGGUAGGGACUUCCAAAUGCGAAUCUGCUCGCCAGCGAAUACACAGCAUUAAUCCGUUUGUAAAUGUACGUCUGUACGAAGAAGAAUUUACUUCGGCGACGGCUCAAAGAAUCCUUUCGGGUGGCUUCGAGGAAAAUAGACCGUACGAUGUGGUUGUUGAUGGUUCUGAUAACUUUCCCACCAAAUACUUGAUUAAUGACAUUUGCGAGCUUGUUGGCACACCAUGGGUGUAUUCGGCAAUUUUGGCCUUUGAAGGACAGUUAAGUGUUUUUAACUAUGAAAAUGGACCGAAUUAUCGAGAUAUGUUACCAACGCCUCCGCCACCCGGAGAUGUACCAUCUUGUGCCGAAGGUGGCGUCUUGGGUGUCCUUCCGGGGUGAGUACAUUUUCAAGGGGUGCAAAUAAUGCUGUGCUGAAAUCUAGAACUAAGUACGGCAACAUCUGACCUAUUAUAACCUGGAUAUCGUGCCGUUCCAUUUUGCCGUUCCAUUUUGCCGUUCCAUUUCCGUCAUAUCAGUACAAUGGGUUGUCUUCAAGCGACCGAGGUUAUCAAAAUUCUUCUCAAUCGCAAAUCGGAAGAAAUCACCAGUGGUCGCGUCUUGGUAUUCGAUGCAAUGAAGAUGAAAUUCAGUGAUGUCGGAUUGGUCAAGCAUCAUGCAAGACAAACCAUCAACAAGUUGAUAGAUUAUCAAGGUUUCUGUGCAGGCCCAAAGACGAUUGCAGAAAGCAGUUCCAAAGAGAACCUUUCAGAUGCUAAGGAAGAAAAACAAGUCGACGGUAGAACCAUGGACGAGCUUGAGACAUUCGAGUCAGAAGAACAAGCAUCUUUCCAGCCUAUUGAACCGAAAGAAUGCCUCAAGAAACUCUCAGACGGUUGGACGCCUUGGGUCCUAGAUGUCCGCUUAAAGACAGAGAAUGAUAUUGUGGCACUACCAUUUACUGACAAAGUGGUUCCACAUCGGAUGGUGAGGGUCGAGAAUGUUCCUAAAUCGGGCGAUAUAUUAGUGUACUGUAAAGCUGGAGUUCGAGGAAAGAAGGCAUGUAAACGUCUAGCUGAGCUAGGUGUGGAUGCAAAUCGAUUGUAUAAUUUAGAAGGUGGUAUCAUGAAGUGGCAAAAAGAAAUUGACCCUACAAUGCCAAGGUAUUGAUUGCUAGMAGUACUGCUGCCUCUGUUUCUGAUGAAUGACUCAUAGUAGUGCACCUCUACGGUUGCCUCAAGCUGAAUUUUUGGGCUAUCUGAAUGCAUUUUCUUUGUGGAACCUAACUUAAUGGAAAGGAUGAACCUGAURCCAAAGGGCUUACUCUGAUCUUGUACAUCAUUAUCCCAAACAAUGUUUCACUUAUUGCUCUGUCGAACAAUUUAAAUGCAGUGUACUACUAAAUCUAGAACAAGUUA